GUGUGGACUUAACGCAGCACCUUUAUAACCUGCAUGUUGUAGGUCUGCCGUAACGCAGGCAGCAGAACCGGCCGAACAAAACGUCGUCCCCUCCAUCCUCUCUCUCUCUCUCCCUCCUCGGCUCCGACAUGGCUCAGAGCCUCGGGGAAUUGUUUCUGGUGGUGGUCUUCAAGGCGGUCACGGGUUUCUUGUGUCUGGUGUUUCGGCUUUUCGCUCCUCAGAGAUCCAAUCUGGUCGGGAAGAAGGUUCCGCCCGUCAGCGACCCGCUGCUGCUGCUGUCGGCGAAGCAGCUGGCCUCAAAGAUCCGAAGAAAAGAGGUUACUAGCGUGGAGGCGGUGCAGGCUUACAUCGACAGGAUCCAGGAAGUCAACCCUCUUCUGAACGCUGUCAUCAAAGACAGGUUCGAUGCGGCCCUCCAGGAGGCAGCCAUGGUGGACAAGCUGAUCGAGGAGGAAACUGGAGGAGAGGAGGUUCUGGAGGACCGACUGCCUCUCCUGGGAGUCCCUCUCUCCGUCAAAGAGUCGUACGCCCUCCAGGGUAUGCCUUACACCGGAGGUUUGGCCUCCAGGAAAGAUGUGGUGGCCACCGUCGACGCUCCGCCUGUAGCCUGGCUGAAGAGAGCAGGUGCCAUCCCGAUGGGCGUCACCAACACCGCUGAGAUGUGCAUGUGGAGCGAGUCCCACAACCGCCUGCACGGCAUCACCAACAACCCGUACGACCUGUCGAGGACAGCAGGAGGGAGCUCGGGUGGGGAGGGCAGUCUUCUGGGCGGGGCGGGCGCUGUCAUCGGCGUUGGCUCCGACAUCGGCGGCAGCAUCCGCAUCCCGUCUUUCUUCAACGGGAUAUUUGGCCAUAAACCUACUCCUGGCGUCGUGACCUCUGAGCACCAGAAUCCUCCGACCUCUGGCAGACAGGAGGAGUACAUCAGUAUUGGGCCCAUGUGUCGUUACGCCGAGGACCUGCUGCCGAUGCUCAAGAUCAUGGCGGGGCCCAACGCUCACAUGUUGCACUUGGACACAGAGGUUAACCUGAAGAAGUUGCGGUUCUUCACCAUCCCUCACGACGGCGGCUCUUUUUUGGUGAACCCGGUCAGCAAAGAGCUCAUUGACAUUCAGAAGAAGGUGGUGGAGCGUCUGGAGGAGGACCUCGGGGUGAAGGUGGAAGAGGUGCAUUUCCCGGAGCUCCGCCACAGUAUCCAGAUGUGGAUCGCUUACAUGGGUCUCCCUGACGACAAUGGAAAGGCUCCGCAGUCAUUCGCUGCGCUUAUAGGGGAACCAGGUCGACCGGUGAAGCCGUUGUGGGAGCUGCUGAAAUGGAUGUGUGGGAGAUCGAGUCAUACCUUUGCCGCUAUCGGUCUCACCCUGCUGGAGAUUCACAGCUCCAAGGCGUCUCCGUUCAUCAUCGAGCAGAAGGAGAAGCUGCAGAAGGCGAUGGAGGAGCUGCUGGGGAGUGACGGUGUUUUUCUUUACCCCACCCAUCCCAGAGUGGCUCCAAUAACACACCACCCACUCUUCAGACCCUUUGACUUUGCCUACACAG